UUAGUUUUGGUGUGGGUUUAAGCAUGGACAUGCAUUAAUUUAUUGAUUCGAUAUAGCUAGUGUUGUACAUAGAUAGAUUUAGUCUAAAUGAGAGCAAGAUAUUUACAGGAUAUGGUGGGAAUAAUGGUGGAGUCCGCAAUGACAAUAGUGAAGUCAUUGGAAGCUCAAGUUGAAGGAAUGGGAGGAGAGGCGGAUAUUGGAGUUUAUGAUGAUUUGGCAAACUUCUCCAUGAAUACCAUCUCGAAAGCUUGUUUUGGGAGCAUGUCAUCCGAAGGGAAGCAUGUGUUUGAACUUAUUGGAUCGCUUCAAAAGGCCAUAUCUUACACAUCCAAUAUUGUCAGGAUCCCCUUCCUCAGGUAUUUUCCUACCAAAACCAGUAUAGAGGUGUGGAAGUUAGAGAGAGAAAUUCGGGAGUUGAUACUAAAGCUAGUGAAGAGUGGUAGCGGUAGAAGUGAUCAGAACGAUCUGCUUCAAGUUAUACAGGAAGGUGCUUAUGCUGAGCAGCUUGGGGAAGAAACAGCAAACUGCUAUGUGGUAGACAAUUGUAAAAACAUCUAUGUCUCAGGCCACGGGACUAUGGCUGGUGUUGCAGCAUGGACCUUGAUGCUGCUAGCUGCAUAUCCAGAAUGGCAGACUAGGGCUCGAGCUGAAGUGAUCGACAUUUUACAAGGUCACCCACCUGAUGCAAAUUCGCUCCUCAAGUUAAAGAUGGUACUUAAUUAUCUCAUUAAUUUGUACUAUUUAAUUAACAAGUGGUGUUUGACAAACAUGUUAUUAUUCAAAAUUGUACGAAACAAAUAUAUAUAUAAUGAGUAAC